AUCGCGUUUACCGCUGACUUUUAUUUUGAAGACAAAAUCCCAAAAUGUCUAUUGUUGCCAGCAAGACGCCACUACGCAGAUUACACUAAUAUGUUUCGUCGGUUUCACGUAACACGCAACCAUUCAUUUGUUUUAUAGACGGAUUCUCUUAUCGCUGAUAUUUUUAUAUGACGCGUGUCCUCAUGGCCUCCCCCCAUUUGAAACCAUACCCAAGGUAAAUAUUUUCUAAAUUCAUCAGAGCGACCAAAUGGCGGGUACUUGGUGGAAAAGUGCCGCUUGGACUCAUGUCCUUGUUGCUCUCUUCGGAAUGGGCUCUUGGAUUUCCGUAAACUGUCUCUGGGUUGAGCUACCGGUUGUUGUCAGCGUUCUGCCUGAAGGGUGGAACUUGCCUGUAUAUCUGUCAGUACUGAUAGCGCUUGGGAGCAUAGGUCCAAUUGCUGUGACCAUAACACACCAUUGUGCCCCAGGAUGGUUAAACGAGCGCCUGGUCAUCCACUUCAUCCAAGUUCUAGCAGUUGUGGCAUCUAUCUUCCUAGCCAUAUUCUGGUCACAAGUGGCCACUGUGGCAGAGGAAUCAAGAUCAGUACCUUUUCUGCUGCUUACCUUCGUUUUGGCUCUUGUCUGCUGUACAUCCAGCGUCACCUUCUUGCCUUUUAUGUUCCGAUACCCCCCUCAAUACAUUCGCACCUUCUUUGUUGGCCAGGGGCUCAGUGCUCUGUUCCCCUGUGUUGUGGCGUUGGGACAGGGUGUGGGGAAAUUGGAGUGCAAAAUGGAGAAUGGCACGUUAAAGCCACACUACCUGGAAGAAAACUUUCCUGCCCAGGACUUCUUUUGGUUCCUGUUUGUAAUGCUGACAAUCUCAGCCAUCUGCUUUUUAGCUUUAACACAGAGACAAAUAACAGCGCCAGCAUCGAAUGAGUACUCCCCAGAGUCUGAGAGGGUGACAAAGGAAGAAGGGGAGGACACCCAUCCGCUUCAAAAUGGAGGAACGCCGGUGUCUGACGACCAGGUGGAGUUGGAGAAAGCAGCCCCUUUACACACCUUCUGGACACCACGCAACAUCUACCUACUGGUGCUACUAGGUGUGUCUAACGCCCUGACCAAUGGAGUCCUACCAUCUGUUCAGAGCUUUUCCUGUCUGCCCUACGGCACUAUGACCUACCACCUCUCUGUUGUCCUCGGCAACUUAGCAAACCCACUGGCCUGCUUUGUGGCUAUGUUUGUCAUCUGCAGGUCCUCUUUGGGUCUCAGUUUAAUGUCAGUAGCAGGUGGGGUCUUUGCAGCAUACCUCAUGGCUCUUGCAGCACUAAGCCCCUGCCCUCCUCUCUUGGGAAGCCUCACUGGUGUGUGCUUGGUGGUGGUGUCCUGGAUCAUCUUCACCGGCCUGUUCUCUUACCUGAAGGUGGUGAUUGGGACUCUGCUCCACGAGGCUGGCCAUGCUGCCUUGCUGUGGUGUGGUGUCUUCAUCCAGGCUGGCUCACUUCUAGGAGCCCUCUCCAUGUUCCCACCAGUCAGCAUCUAUCAGGUGUUUGCCAGGUCUCAGGACUGUGUGAACAUCUGUACAUAGACACCAGGAAUCACGGCUAGCUGAAUGAUUCCAUCAGGGAUGGAGAAUGGAUCAACCUCUGCCUUAGCCCCGUAGAUGGGCUGUAUUUUGGUUGAUGGGUUGUUCUAUUAGGGCUCAGAAAGGCAUUCCCAUGUAGAUUGGAGCAUUGUUUUGCUGUUUCCUGGGUAAUGUAAGAGCCUAUGAUGCUGUGCUACAAAUGCUUAUAAAUGCACUGAUCUACUUUCUUUGGUUUAUAAUUGUAAUGUCACUUGAAAUCGCAAAGUAAAAUUUACUCAACAGAAAACGGAUACCUAAACUGAGAUGUUUUCAUGAAUUAGUAGUGGUAUUAGUAGUAGCAGCAAUGGAGGCUUAUUCUGUGGCUGGGAAACUAAGCUUGUUUAGAAACUCAAAUGGCAAGCUUUAACAGUACUUUCUCCCAAAUUUCAUUAGGAAGCUACCCUUUAAAAAAGUAUUUGUUUUAUCAAUGCCAUUGGGGAAUUUCAAAAGGAGCUAUUAAUUUACAGCCUUUUAUUGAAAAGUUUAAUUUUUGACCUCUACCUAUUAUUUUGCAUAAUCUCACAAGUGCUAAAAUCAAGGGGUGCAAAUUAAUAAAUUAAUAUUCUAGUUUUGCUUUCCUAUUAGAGCAUUUUAAUAGGAUGUUUUAUUAUGCAUGUUUACUUUGGGAACAGUUGGUCUGUUUUGCGGCUUAGUUUGGGUACCAUGUAAUGGUGCAUUUUCAAACAUUCCUGUAACUCUAAUGCAAGGAUAUUCUGUACUUCAUUACUUAAAGAAGCAGGAAUAUCUAGAUUGUGUCUUUGAAGUGCACAUCUGAAUUUGCUUGUUCCAGGAGAUCCCUUUCAUGUCUACCAUUUCAUAUGUCAUUGUCGGUCUUAAUUUUAGGAAGAAUUUGUUAAAAUAUGAACAAUUACCUGUUUAUUUUUGGAUAAAUGGAAACACAAUGCAAACUUUCAAUUUCUUUUGAGUAGUGCUUUCAUGUUUUGUAUGAUAUGUCAUUUGAUGUUAAAUCCCUUUGUUGACAUUGCUUUCAAUUCAUAACCAAUUCCAAGUGCAAUUCUAAAUGACAGUCUACCUUCAGUUUAAGGUAGUAUAUUGCUUUAUUAAGAUCUAUUUCAGUAAAGACAGUUGUCUUCAAA